AUGCCUUAUCCUGAGGAAGCGGAAGGUUUCCAGAUCGACAGCGCAGAGACAUGGACCGAAUUCCACAAGCGGCACUUCAAACUCAAGCCUUUUGGCGAAUAUGACGUGGACGUGAAAAUCUCAGCUUGCGGCGUCUGUGGGAGCGAUGUGCAUACAAUUACUGGAGGUUGGGGCUCUCAGCAUUUCCCGCUCGCGGUCGGACAUGAAAUUCUGGGGACAGCCAUUCGCGUGGGGUCCAAGGUGACGUUGAUCAAGGAAGGCGAGCGUGUAGGCGUGGGCGCCCAAUCCUUCUCCUGCGGCGAAUGUAAACAGUGUAAGAACGAGAACGAGACGUACUGCCCGAAUAUCAUGAUCGAUACUUAUGGAAGUAAAUGGCCCGAGGAGUAUGGCGGUGUUGUUUCUCAGGGUGGUUAUUCCAGCCAUGUCAGGACGAACGAGCGCUGGGUCUUCCCGAUCCCCGAGAAGUUGGAUACCAAUAUCGCCGCUCCUAUGCUGUGUGCCGGUCUCACGGCAUACAGUCCACUUGUGAGAAACGGAGCCGGACCGGGGAAGAAGGUCGGCAUUAUUGGGCUUGGAGGCAUAGGGCAUUUCGGGAUCUUGUUUGCAAAGGCACUGGGAGCAGAAGUGUGGGCGAUAAGCCGAUCGCGGUCAAAGGAAGAAGAUGCGAAGAAGCUGGGCGCGGAUGGCUUCAUUGCGACCAACGAGGACGACUGGGAAAAGCCACACAGAUUUUCCUUCGACUUGAUCGUCAACUGCGCGAAUUCCUCCAAGGGAUUCGAUCUGGCCAAGUAUCUAAGCCUAAUGGACGUGCAUGCUCCAUUCGUCAGCGUUGGUCUGCCGGAGGAAGCUGGCCAGGAGAUCAAGGCUCAGAACUUGCUUUCCAACGGUGUUCUGAUCGGAGCCAGUCACCUGGGUAGUAGACGGGAGAUGUUGGAGAUGUUGCAGCUGGCGGCCGACAAGGGAAUCAAGAGCUGGGUGGAGGAGAUCGAUAUCGGCGAGGCUGGGCUCAAGGAGGCGGUUACGAGGCUGAAGAAGAAUGACAUCAAAUACCGGUUCACACUAACUGGAUAUGACAAGGCUUUCGGGGCGUAA